CUCAGGGAUACAAAAGCAAGCAUGGAGACACUAGUCGUUCAGUUUCAAAAAUCUUCUGGUGAAAUUAACACAUUCAAGGGAGUAUAAAUACACACCUUUCGAUACUGACUCAAAAUGGACUUCUACUAUCUUCCUUUAUCGGCUCCUUGCCGUGCUGUCACCAUGACCGCCGAAGCGCUCGGCGUUAAAUUAAAUAAAAUAAAGUUAGAUUUGUUUGCAGGAGCUCAUCUGAAACCAGAGUUUCUUAAACUCAACCCACAACAUACAAUACCCACAUUGGUGGACAAUGGUUUCUCUAUUUGGGAGUCACGUGCCAUAAUCAUCUAUUUGGUCGAAAAAUACGCUAAAAAUGAUUCGUUAUAUCCGAAAUGCCCGAAGAAGCGCGCUCUCAUCAACCAACGUCUGUUCUUUGACGCCGGCACAUUAUACCAGGCGUUCUUUGAUGCCUAUGUAUUCAAAUAUAUGUUUAAAAAGCCUAUAGAUGCCGAAAAGAUCAAGAAAAUUGAUACAGCCUUUGAGUUCUUGAACACGUUCCUGGAAGGACAUACUUAUGCUGCCGGAGAUACUUUGACGCUUGCUGAUCUCUCGUUGUUAGCCACAGUGUCAUCCUAUGAAGUUGCCAAAUACGAUUUCAGUAAAUAUGCGAAUGUGGCCAGAUGGUACGAGAAUUUGAAGAAGACUGCACCCGGUUGGGAAGAAAACUGGGCGGGCUGUAUAGAAUAUGGAACAUUAUUGAACUACCAAGAGGCCUGGAGACUCAAAAUGGACUUCUACUAUCUUCCUGUAUCGGCUCCUUGCCGUGCCGUCAACAUGACCGCCGAAGCGCUCGGCGUUAAAUUAAAUAGGAUAAAGUUAAAUUUGUUUGCAGGAGCUCAUCUGAAACCAGAGUUUCUUAAACUCAACCCACAACAUACAAUACCCACAUUGGUGGAUAAUGGUUUCUCUAUUUGGGAGUCACGUGCCAUAAUCAUCUAUUUGGUCGAAAAAUACGGUAAAAAUGAUUCGUUAUAUCCGAAAUGCCCGAAGAAGCGCGCUCUCAUCAACCAACGUCUGUUCUUUGACGCCGGCACAUUAUACCAGGCGUUCUUUGAUGCCUAUGUAGAAAAAUAUAUGUUUAAAAAGCCUAUCGAUGCCGAAAAGAUCAAGAAAAUUGAUACAGCCUUUGAGUUCUUGAACACGUUCCUGGAAGGACAUACUUAUGCUGCCGGAGAUACUUUGACGCUCGCUGAUCUCUCGUUGUUAGCCACAGUGUCAUCUUAUGAAGUUGCCAAAUACGAUUUCAGUAAAUAUGCCAAUGUGGCCAGAUGGUACGAGAAUUUGAAGAAGACUGCACCCGGUUGGGAAGAAAACUGGGCGGGCUGUAUAGAAUAUGGGGAAUUAAUGAACUGAUGCUAAUCGAAUACAUAUUUAUAUAAUGAUAUGUGAACGGAGAGCAGUUGAUAUUCGUAUAUAAUAUCAAUAAUGCGAUUUCAAUGCAUUUAUUGAUCAUCAUUAUACUCGUAUCUUUAUGACUUUGUUGUAAUUAAAAUAAGAAACUAUAGUGUUUUGCUAAAA